CUUCUGUAAUUUCGCUCACUUCCGGCAAUUUCCGAUCUCUUUUGCCCCCUGGCUCGGCUGCCGCCGCCGCUGCCGCCGCCGUAGCUUUGCCCCUUUCCUGUCCCCUCCCUUACCUGUCCUUUGCCUUCUCUCGGUCCGGACCUUUCCCCCUCCCUCACCCGGGCCGCGCGCCGCUUCUUCCCCCGCCCCCCCGGCUCCCGGGCUCUCCCCUCGCGGAGCCGUUUCCCCGGGAGACCGGCGCAGCCCUUCCCUCCGCCGCCGGCUCCGCGGUGGUCGGGGCCUGGGGAAGCUUCAGGGCCCCCCGCAGUGGUGAGCCCUCGGAGGAACCGGGAGGCUCCGUGUGUGUGUGUGUGUGUGUGUGUGUGUGUGUCUCCCGCACAGCCCCGCCGCCGCCGUCUUCCGGCCGCCCCCAGCCUGGGACAUGCCUCGGCCGGGGUCGGUUUGGGCGGCUGCCCUCUUGUUGGCGCUGGCGCUGGGACGGGGCGGCUGCUCGGAGAUCACCUUCGAGCUGCCGGACAACGCCAAGCAGUGUUUCUACGAAGACAUCACCCAGGGCACCAAAUGCACCCUCGAGUUCCAGGUGAUUACUGGUGGUCAUUAUGAUGUAGAUUGCCGAUUGGAAGAUCCUGAUGGUGUGGUAUUAUACAAAGAAAUGAAGAAACAAUAUGAUAGUUUUACCUUCACUGCAUCCAGAAAUGGAACAUACAAAUUUUGUUUCAGCAAUGAGUUCUCUACUUUCACACACAAAACUGUGUAUUUUGACUUUCAAGUUGGUGAAGAUCCACCACUAUUUCCCAGUGAGAACAGAGUCAGUGCUCUUACACAGAUGGAAUCCGCUUGUGUAUCAAUUCAUGAGGCUUUGAAGUCUGUCAUCGACUAUCAGACUCAUUUUCGACUAAGAGAAGCUCAAGGACGCAGUCGUGCAGAGGAUCUAAAUACAAGAGUUGCCUAUUGGUCAAUUGGAGAAGCCAUCAUUCUACUUGUUGUUAGCAUAGGGCAGGUAUUUCUUCUGAAAAGCUUUUUCUCAGAUAAAAGAACCACCACAACCCGUGUUGGAUCAUAACUAGUGUUUUGAAAAUCAAUCUACUAUACAUCUGUAAUGUUGCUAUUUUCCAGUUAAUAGUCGGUACCGAAGAACUUAAUAUUGGCAAUAUUUUAAAAAACUCUUUCCCUCCUUAUGUUGGUUGUGGGGAAAAGGCAACAUAUAUCCCUAAACCAUGGGAAAGGACACCUUUUUAUUUGAAAAAACUGAAAAACUUCAGAAUUUGUUUGAAGCUUUUCAUGAUAAAUAUCCAACACAAAUGUUCUACCCUUUCCACAGUUGUUUGUAUUCAUUCUUAUCACUCUUAACUUUGUCAUGUUGAUUCUUUUUAAUCAUAAGACUACUUCUGUCAUAGGGAACUGAUGUUUAAAAUCCUUAGGUUGCUUUAAAAAUAAGUUAUAUUGUAGAGGGAGAAAACGGCCCUUUUAAUAGUUUGGGUGUGAAUUUUUGUUUUUUAAACCAAUAUGAUGAAUUGUAGGCUAAGCCCUGUACUGCACUUUUGAUUUGUUAUGGAAAAAGUCUAUGAUAGUCCAAUAAUUUUGAUUGAGUUUUGAGUUGAUAUAUCAUGGUACAAAUUGUUAUUCUUCAAUUGCCUGUAGAGUAGCAGGUUUUAUACUCAUUCUGUGGUUUAUAAAACUUUAAAAGCAGUGAGUUUUUCAGUAAUUGUAGAAUUGAAACCUUAGAGAUUUUGAUUGAAAAUACAGAGAUAUUAGGGUUAUAGUUAGAGAGAAUUUUUGAUAAUUUUGCCACAAUCAUCACAUUUUCUGUAUUAGCUGUUCUUUUGCCUUGUAAUAACUGGCUUUCUCCACGUGUGGCUAUCUUGAUUUUAGAUAUAAAGUUAUUAUAAUUCUUUGAACUGUUUAAAAUACAAUUUGACAUUUUCAUUGUUAGCAUUACACAAUGCUGUACAUUUACUAAAUGUUAAGCAAUGAUACAUUUUUUUCCCCCUGAGAACUUAGAACUGGAACCAUACUUGUUAUUUAUAUUUGGUUAUUGGUCAUGAAAGAGUAACAGAAAAGGUUCAAAGUGUUUUAUGCAUUAAUUUUUCAUCCCAGUGGAUGGCUUGCAUUGGUUUCAUUGCUUGUAUCUUUAAUAGAUACUGUAUUACAUAUUUUUAUUGAUCUGCCAAGGGGAUGUUUCUUUGGAACAUGAAAAUAUCCUAUGUAAAUCAAAACUCAUUAAGAUUAGUUUCCUCUGUCCUAGAAUGGGAUCAUUUUACUAUGUCUAUAAUGCUAAGCCAAAAAAUGCCACAUAUAGUUAAAACAUUUUUCUGAUGUUAAGCAAAAAAGGUUAUUUGUUCCCCUAUAGCUUGAUAUGAGAAUGAGUGCUGUUUCAAAAAUGUGAUUAUUGAAUUCCCUGAGGUAUCUGAUACUAAAUAAUUACUAACUGGACAGCAUUUCUAGAUCAGCCAGUUACCAUCAUUGACCAGAAAUUACCAAUUCUUAAUUCUGAGAGUUUUUUGGUUUGAUUUGGUUUUCAAAUACAAACACAUUUCCAACAAGUUUUUCUUUUUUUCCAAGGGGGGAAAAAGUUACUGUACGGUUAACUUGAGUACCAUAACAUAGCAGAAACGUUUGUCAACUGAGUCUUGCUGUGUGAUUUAAAUCCUUUAGUUAAGAUUCUUCAAGGCAAACCAGAAUUUCAUGUAACAAGGUCUGAAUAAAGAUUCAAAGUUGUAGAUUUGUUCAAAAAAUGUAUAUAUAUAUAUAUGUUGGAUUUGAUUUCAACCUAGUGAAUAUCUUCUGCAAUUGACAAAUAAUAGGUUCUUUCAUAUUGCUUCUCUACUCUGUUAUAUCCUUCAGAUCUUCUAUUAGGCAUCAUAUAUAUAAAUGGAACCAUAAAGCAAAAUAGUUCAAGUUUGGCAGAAGACCGGAAUAAUAAAUUGAAAUUACAAUGUUAUAAAGAUAACUUAGUUUCUACCAUUUACAGAUUGCUUAUAUGAUCUUGAUGAUGGAGAUAUAAAUCUUCAAAACAUUUACAAUUACUGCUUGCAACCUGGUCAAACAUUAAACUAGUUAAGACAUUAAACCUAAGGAUAACAAAAUGAAACCUAAAACAAAUGGCUCUCAUCUUGCAUUUGCUGUACACAAAAGAUCCUCUUGUUUGUGAUUUAGUAAAACAAAUUAAGUCUAAGUAGAGCAAAAUCUGUGCCCCUAAAAAAGUUCAUUGUUUAAUAUGCCAAAUUUUGUGAAACCAGCAUUUUUUUUGAGAAAAAAAAUUGAUGUAGUAUAAACCAAGAGUUGGUCCAUACUAUUUAAGCUAGUAAGUUCAUUUUUGAUGUUCCUUUAUUUUCCUGACAUGUGUGUAUAUGUAUAUUAGAAAAUACACAUCUCCCUAUAUAGACACAUGCUAGUUGAAAGGUUUUUUCUUCCUCCUGUUAAGUUGUUGAGUCAUAAAGAAAAAUUUGAAGCCAGUUCUUUCAUCCUUUCAAUUUAACAGUUUGAAAAUUCUCAGAUGUUUGCUUGGACACAUGUCAUAGGAUGCAUAUUUAAACAUUCAUAGUUGUAUAUAUUUUUUUAAGUAGUUAAUGGAAAGGGAUUUAAUAUACAAGUUUAUAUGCUAAAUCAACUUGAGACGUUUUUGUGUUAAAAGAAAGAGUGGUUGUGGUAAGUGGUUCAAAAAGAUCACCCAAAGCUUGACAAUAUUAAACUUUGAAUACAGUGAACUGAAAAACAAUUUUUAAAAACUAUUCUUUGAAAGAUUUGUUUGUUUAAAUUCUUGUGUGUUGUCAGUUCCUGUUUUAGUUUGUAAAUGUUUAACAUUUAUAGUUUGGAUGAAAAAAAAACCCAGAUCCUUUGAAUAUUGUUUUGGAAAAAUUAAAACAAAUUAAUAUAUGAAUAUGAUUCAGUGGCUUGUUUUGUUUUGUUUUGUUUGGGACAGGCAGAAACGUCUGAAUUAAAUAGAUAUUGUUUCUGAAGGAUUAUGCCAGUUGGUGUCAUGUAGACUAAACAUUUUGAAAUUUUAAUUUCCUUUUGCCAGAAGCCUUGGCGAAAGAGCCAUUGUCUUCUUAUUGCCACUGAUAACUGAAACUUCUUUUGCUAUUCUACCAUUUGGAAGUUCAUUUCUAGCCAAAUUGAGUCUCUUAUGGUGCCUUAACAAGCCUUAUAUUUUCCCCACCUUUCCACUUUUUUCAGCAUUUUUCUUACUUCAAUAUGCUCUUCUCUUUUCACUAUCCAAAUAAGGGUCCAGUUAAAAUCUUACUAGUGUACAGUGGUCUUUGUACAUUUCAUUUGACAGUUAAUGUUAGUAAACCAUGUAUUUUUAGGUUUCAGUUUUUGAUUUGGGAGUUUUUUUAGAGGGUGAAGGGACAGUGUAAGGAGGAAGGUAUGUAUAUAUAACUUGACGUAUACUUUUAUCUCAUAAACUAGAUUUUAACCUCUUAGUCAAUUAAGUGGAUUCCAUAGUACCUCACUCAAUGCCUUUUAUACCUUGUGUAUUGAGUAGACUCCAAUAAAUAUUUUUUGGUUAUUUUAAAAAGGA